GUGGUUUGAGCGUGUCAGCAUGCUGGUGAUUCUGCUGAACUGCGUCACGCUCGGCAUGUUCCAGCCCUGCCAAGACCUGGAGUGCAACACUGACAGGUGCAGCAUCCUGCAGGCCUUCGAUGACUUCAUCUUUGCAUUCUUUGCUGUGGAGAUGGUGGUUAAAAUGGUGGCCUUGGGUAUAUUUGGUCCGAAAUGUUACCUUGGCGACACCUGGAACCGCCUUGACCUCUUUAUCGUCAUGGCUGGGAUGCUGGAGUAUUCUUUAGAUGGUCAUAACGUUAGUUUCUCAGCCAUCAGAAUCGUGCGGGUUCUCAGACCAUUACGAGCCAUCAACAGAGUUCCCAGUAUGCGAAUCCUGGUGACAUUGCUGUUGGAUACUUUACCGAUGCUAGGAAACGUCUUGCUGCUUUGUUUCUUCGUGUUUUUCAUCUUUGGGAUUGUUGGCGUGCAGCUGUGGGCAGGGCUUCUGCGCAACCGCUGCUUUUUUGACAACAACGUCAGAAUGCUGUAUAAUGUUUCAAAGUCUGUGAGUGAAUACUACAGACUGGACGAAGCAGAUGACAUCCCCUUCAUUUGCUCCACCACUCGAGAGAACGGAAUGUUGCACUGCUCCAACAUCCCGAAACGCAGAGUUGGACGGGCUGAUUGUGAACUCACGGCUGAUAAUGUCACAGAUCUUGUUUUCAAAGAUCCCCCUCAUCAUGGAUGUGUAAACUGGAACUUGUAUUACAACAACUGCAGUGCAAGCGAACACAAUCCACAUAAUGGGGCUAUCAAUUUUGACAACAUUGGAUGUGCUUGGAUUGCUAUCUUUCAGGUCAUCACGUUAGAGGGAUGGGUGGAUAUCAUGUACUAUGUCAUGGAUGCGCAUUCCUUUUACAACUUCAUCUAUUUCAUCUUUCUUAUCAUUGUAGGCUCCUUCUUCAUGAUCAACCUGUGCCUGGUCGUCAUUGCAACACAGUUCUCCGAGACCAAACAACGUGAGAACCAGCUGAUGCAGGAGCAGCGGGCACGUUUCCGCAGUAACGAAUCCACCUUAGCUAGCCUGACCGAACCAGGAUCCUGCUACGAAGAAAUGCUGAAAUACCUCGUCCACGUUUGUCGUAAACUUUGCCGUCAUGCCGCACGCCUCUAUGGUGAAUUAUGCCACAAGAGACACGGUGGUGUGGCCAAUUCCAGCAGCUCCUUCUCAGUGGGCGGGACUAAUGACUAUCGGAGUGACAAUGGGACAAAAAUGGGUCCGACCCAAUACUGUAUGCUGCAUUAUCAUCAUCCUCCUCAGCAUCAACAUUAUAUCAGUAAUGGCAUAGAAAUGAAGACCCUUCAUCUCGAUAGAGAUGCUCAGAGUUCCAAAACGACUCCAUCGCUUCCACUUGCACUACAGAAUUUAAAGGGUUUGAGGCUCGGUAUGAACUAUCCCACCAUCCUGCCCUCCAAACUAUACACAAACCCACAUACUCGCUCACACUCGACAGGUGGAGUCAAAGCACCAGCUUUCCAUCAUGGACUGAAUGGCAGGAAGAUUUCCAUUUGUAGUGGAUACCAUGGUACUUACAAGUUGCAGCAUGGUGUGUAUCCGGGCACAUGCUCGAGUGUGUGUGUGGACAGCAGGGUUGGGCUGGUGUCUUCAGAGUCGUCCUCCUGCCCAAUUUGUGCCCUGGAAGGCGAUGGUGUUAAUUGCAACUCCAACACUGAAUCGGACCGAGAGAAACAUGGGCCAGACGUCAGCUCAGAACAGAGCAAAAGAAACCAGGAUUUGAGAGAAAAGGGGUCUGGGCAUGAGAAUUGUGUGUGUAUGUGUGUACAUUAUUCCAGAGCCAUUUUGAGGCGGAUUGUGGACAGCAAGUACUUCAACAGAGGGAUAAUGAUUGCAAUCCUUAUCAAUACACUCAGCAUGGGAGUGGAGUACCAUGAGCAGCCGGAGGAGCUGACAGACGUGUUGGAGAUCAGUAAUAUUGUCUUCACUAGUUUGUUUGCGUUAGAGAUGCUCCUGAAGCUUUUGGCCUGCGGUCUGUUCAACUACAUCAGCAACCUAUACAAUAUCUUUGACGGCAUCAUCGUUACAAUCAGUGUGUGUGAGAUCGUCGGACAAGCGGAUGGAGGGUUUUCGGUUUUGCGGACGUUUCGUUUGCUCAGGGUACUAAAGCUGGUGCGGUUCCUCCCAGCUCUGCGCAGGCAGCUGGUGGUACUGAUGAAGACCAUGGACAAUGUGGCCACAUUCUGCAUGCUGCUGAUGCUCUUCAUCUUCAUCUUUAGUAUAUUGGGAAUGCAUCUGUUUGGGUGUAAGUUUACUCUGCGUUUGGAGAAUGGAGACACUGUGUCAGAUAGGAAGAACUUUGACUCACUCCUCUGGGCCAUCGUCACCGUGUUCCAGAUUUUGACCCAGGAGGACUGGAAUGUGGUUCUGUAUAACGGCAUGGCCUCCACCUCCCCCUGGGCGGCUCUGUACUUUGUGGCCUUGAUGACCUUUGGGAAUUACGUCCUCUUCAACUUACUCGUUGCCAUCUUAGUAGAGGGCUUUCAAGCUGAGGGUGAUGCUAGCAGAUCAGACACUGAUGACAUGUCGUCUGACUAUGGUGAUGAGGACAAACUGAGAGAACUACUGAAUUCAGGAUCAGAGAUGAAAAUGCAGACAUUAAUGCCCAUCUCCAAUGGACAUCUGGAACCUCGAGCAUCCAUGCCACCUCACAACACACACAUACAGCUCAACGCCACACCCAGAACUGAGGUGUCACACAUCUAUAGCCAAUCACGGCGCAACAGCAACACCUCCACCGAGCCCCAUGACCAAAGAUCCCUGUCCAGCCUUUGGGGAAGUCGCCGCUCCAGCUGGAACAGCCUUGGCCACACCCCCAGUCUAAUGAGACGCACUCAGUCAGGGGAGCGUGAGUCGUUGCUUUCUGGAGCAGGACAGGACAGCAUGGAUGACAGCCAAUCAGAAGAUGGGAAAUCCAGGACUGGCAGUCUGGGCGGAGUUUCAUGUCUAGGGUCAUUUGAUUUUCCAGAGCUCCUCCAGGUUCCACGCCCAUAUUUGGAGUGUAAUGGCAGAUUAGAUGGAGGGUAUCCAUCCUCUCCAAACAUUACACGUCCUGAUCCACCAUCCACACAGGGGGCGGAUGAUGAUGAAUUUGAGGAGAGCUGGUGUCUGAUUGCGAAGAGACUGUUGGAGCCGUAUAAACCCCAGUGGUGUAGAGACCAUGAGGAUUGGUCACUUUACUUAUUUUCCCCCCAAAAUAAGUUCCGAAUGCACUGUCAGAAGGUCAUCACUCAUAAGAUGUUUGAUCAUAUUGUGCUGUUCUUCAUCUUCCUUAACUGCAUCACAAUCGCUCUAGAGAGACCUGACAUCCAGGCUGACAGCAUGGAAUGGAUUUUUCUUAAAGUGUCUAACUACAUCUUCACUGUGAUCUUUAUGGCUGAGAUGACUAUGAAGGUGGUUUCUCUUGGGCUGUAUGCUGGUCCAGGCUCGUACCUGAAGAGCAGCUGGAAUGUUCUAGACGGCCUGCUGGUAUUUGUGUCUAUUGUGGACAUCCUGGUCUCUCUCGCCUCCUCUGGCGGGAACAGAAUCCUGGGUAUCUUACGAGUACUUCGACUGCUCAGAACACUAAGACCCUUGAGGGUCAUAAGCAGGGCUCCCGGACUGAAGCUGGUUGUUGAAACAUUGAUCACAUCUCUCAGACCUAUUGGAAAUAUUGUGUUGAUCUGUUGUGCUUUCUUCAUUGUCUUUGGCAUUUUGGGAGUUCAGCUCUUUAAGGGGAAGUUUUAUCAUUGUGAAGGCUUUGACACUAGAAAUAUCACCAAUAAAUCUGAAUGCCUGCAGGCUAAAUGCAAAUGGGUCCGUAGGAAGUACAACUUCGAUAACCUGGGUCAGGCACUGAUGUCAUUAUUCGUCCUGUCAUCUAAAUUUCAGGCUCUGCAGAGACCGUACUAUGCAGACUACUCUCCAACACGCCUCUAUAUUCACACAUUCUGCACUAGCCAUUAUCUGGACCUCUUCAUCACCAUCAUCAUCGCCAUUAAUGUGCUCACGAUGUCAAUGGAGCACUACAGACAACCCAAGUAUCUGGAUGAAGGUCUGAAGUACUGUAAUUAUUUCUUCACACUGGUCUUUGUGAUAGAGGCUGUGCUGAAAUUGGUUGCGUUUGGCUUUAGGAGAUUUUUCAAAGAGAGGUGGAAUCAGUUAGACUUGGCAAUUGUUCUUCUCUCCAUUAUGGGCAUCACACUUGAGGAAAUUGACCUGAAUGCCUCACUACCCAUCAACCCAACCAUCAUUCGCAUAAUGAGGGUGCUGCGCAUCGCCAGAGUGUUGAAGCUGUUGAAGAUGGCCACAGGAAUGAGAGCUCUUCUGGAUACAGUAGUUCAAGCUUUACCACAGGUUGGUAAUCUGGGUCUGCUAUUUAUGCUGCUGUUCUUCAUCUAUGCUGCGCUGGGAGUUGAACUUUUUGGCAAACUUGAAUGCACUGAGGAGAAUCCGUGUGAGGGAUUGAGCAGACAUGCUACAUUUCAGAAUUUCGGCAUGGCAUUCCUCACUCUGUUCCGUGUUUCCACUGGAGAUAACUGGAAUGGAAUCAUGAAGGAUACCCUGCGGGAAUGUAAAAAUGACAAAUGCCUGAGUUACCUGCCGCUUUUGUCGCCUCUGUACUUUGUGACAUUCGUGCUGAUAGCACAGUUUGUGCUGGUGAAUGUUGUGGUCGCUGUGCUCAUGAAACAUUUAGAGGACAGUAACAAAGAUGCCCGUGAGGAGGCCGAGAUGGAGGCGGAGUUGAAGAAAGAGCUUCAUGGCAGUCGUAGACAAAGCACCGCCUCUGUAGGCGGAGCCACUGGGCUUGAGGUUUCAGCUGUUAAAAUUGAGACUUUCUCACAUGAACAGGGCCAAGACCCCAAUUAUGGCAACUUCCUGACAGUUAGCAGGCCAUCUAUAUCACGGGUGCUGUCCUUACCUAAUGACAGUUACAUGCUCUAUCCUGUUAAGCCUGUAUAUAGGUCCAUUCAGGAGAGAUUCUCCAAGCAGGAUUCUACACUACCAGGCUCCUCUCUCUCACUCGGCACCCAGCCCUUUGAAGAUAGUGCCGUAAUGCAGGUUCCAGGAACUGCAUCUCAGACAAACCUGGCCUCCAUUCCUGGUCCCCACCCUCUAAAUCAAAGAGCAAGAUCUAGCAAUGCCUUCAGAGCCCUGCGGAGACAGCAAGCAAUAAAGAGUGACUCGAUUGAUUCCACAAACGCUGACUCCAGAGAUACCUUACACAUCCCGAGCAAGCCCUGCUCCACUGAUAAUCUUCAUCUCAAAGUACCCAGCAUUCCCCUCACUGGUGGAUCUGCCCCCUGUUCGCCCCAGGCCUCACCCCCUCCUCCCCUCCGCAACCGGACAGCGAGCGUACAAACAAACAGACAUGUGUACAGCCAGCGCAGCAUCCCCUGUCGACAGGCCUCGUACAAGACGCAAUCUAUAAAACCUCUUGAAAUAACACACGCACAAACCAAACUACAGGAUUCGGAUGAGGUGGUCCGACUCAACAUGAACAUUACCCAAAUAAGAGCCUCUCAGCGUGUGGCACGCAGCUAUAAUUUGUCCCCUUAUGAACCCUUGCACAGUGGGGCGGCCCGCCAACCGGAUACCAGCGCUCAAAGUCUACGGAAGUACAACAGUAUGGAAAAUAAUGGCUUCCUAUCUCAACUCCACAUCCCUCGGCGUCACUCGACGCACGGGGAAGAGUUACUGCUUCAGCAGCAGCCAAUUUCACCAUCACCUGGACCUUCUCCAAUGCCCAAGAAGGAGAAAAUGAGCCCGCCGUGCAUCUCCAUCGACCCUCCUACCGACGCGGCGUUUCUCUCGCCAGCGGUCAGUCAGGAGCAUAGCACAGUCCUAAGACGGCGGACACCGGCCUUCGAUUCCUCACUACCACGGGAGUCCAUAGAACUUCCUGAUAUGCAGGAUGAACCUCUUUUGCCAAGUCAUUUGCCCCUCCCACAAUUCUCUUUUGACCAAUCGGAUGUAUGUUCGCUGAGCAGCCUGUCAGAACUGCUUUCAGAUAGUGACCAGUCAACGCACUCCUUCCCUCCUGAGGCCCGUUCGGGGGUCGUGGGAGAUGCAUCUCAGAGUCCACUCAGGAAGAUGGUAUUGGUCAGAAUGGCCAGCACUAGGGAUCCAGGAAAUGAGGAUUCGGUUGCCUAG